AUGUUAAUGGACGCCGGCUGCAAGUGUCUGUCACCGAGGACGACCCGAGACGCCGAGACCCGCCACCCCGCUCAAGCCCAGGCCCCAGGGCACAGGAAGACCAGGGUCUACGCACUCAAGUCCAGCCCUCGCCCGCCCCGUAGCCGCCGUCCCCGGAACCCGCCAGCACUAACAGGCCCGCCGAGCGACCGCACGCGCUGUCCUCUCGCCCACGGGCCCGGCCCGCAAGCAAGCGCCCAGCCACAGUCGCCGAGCCUCUCCUCUCCUCACCCGGAUCCGACAGGAAAUGGCGGCCCGCGUAAUGGCGACUACGUGCGACUAGGCGGAGUCGCGCGAGACCCCCCUCCCCCACCCAGCACGCGGGCUCGCGAGCGCCCGGCCCCCGCACCUCCCCCACCGCCCGAGACAAAGCAGCCGCGGGAGCCGCGGCCUCCCCAUCGGCCCCGCCGCGCAGCCCGCCCCGCCGGGGGGAGGAGGCUCACGCCGCGGAGGGACAAAGAGGGCGGCGGGGGCGCCGCGGCCCACGACACCCGCGAGCCCACCGGCCGCCCCGGCGCUCGCUCCACACGGGGCGCCCGCGUCGCAAACCCACAGGCCUUUCCUUACGGGUCCCCGAAACCACCUAGCACCGGCACGCCAACCGCAGAGGCACGCUCGGGGGGAAAUGGCGGCGGUGGGGGAGGGGAGCCCGGGCAACGUUCCCCGGCGGACCAUGGCCGGCCCGAGCGUGCCCCGACAGCCGAGGGAGGGCCCGGCCCCGCUCCCCCAAGCGCGGCUCGCCCGGCCCUGCUCACCGCGCGAGUCCGCCGUUGCCUCCCGGCCGCGCCGCCUCCGACGGUCGGUCACUGCUAG